AUGCAAUCUGCACUGCGAGCUGGUGCAGAGAUCGAGUCGCAAGCGCAAUAUGCUGAAGCACUCGAGCUCGAUGAGUCACGACUCCAAUCCGCAACAACGUCCGAUCAAGGCGAAAUUUUUGUCAUCGAAUGGCUUUCCAAAGCAGAACAGGCGCUCACCAAGGCCGACGUCGACACCAUCCGAUCGUAUCAAAACAGCUUCGAAUCGGCAAUACUCAAGCUUGCUUGUCCUAGCGUCUCUUUUGGAAAGACUGAUGACAUGGCCAUCGUCAUAACUUCCAAUGCGGCCAUUCCACGACCUGGCAGGCCUACUCGACGACUGCUCGCCCGCUGCAUUCUCGUGCUCUUCCGUCGCAUCGACUCUCGCUCCCUCUUUGACAUCUUGCAGAACCUCAUCCGAGUCGCAGCAGAAGAUGCAAAAGGCAAGACACCAGAACGAGAGGUGCGCGUUGCCGCCCUCUACAUCCUCGGCGAGGUGUUUGGCUCACUGGGCCAGCAGAUUAUGUCGCUCUUCAACGAGAUUAUCAAUCUCACACAGAGAGUAUUCAAGCAGACAAGUCAUCCUGUCAUCCUUCGCUAUCAUGCCCUCAUCACACUUCAAAAGACGCUCAACGUCGCCGGCAAAAGCUUGGGAGAUCAGGUCGGCAAAGACCUCAUCAAGGCUCUCCGUCAAGGCCUCUCGGAUCGCGCAGGCGCCGUUGUACGCGGUUCUGCCGAUUGUAUCCUAGCCAUCGUGCUCCAUGCGCAGCUCAUCACCACACGAACCGAAGUCGAAACUCUCGUCUCUCCCGCUCUCAAGGCCAUCGAAUCGGCCGAUUUCGUCACCAAACGUGCCCUCAGCCGUAUGCUGGCUGGCCUCCUCGCAUCCACCCAAAUCGAACAGGCACCGCCUGCAUCUGUCCCCGCCAAAAAGUCGUCCAAGAAGAAAAAGGAAGGCACUGCUGACGACGACUCAGACGAUGAAGACCCAAUCCCCUCCGCGGCAGCCGCAGCAGCAAGCGCUCCUCGAGCCAUGUUGACGCCCAUAGGCAUGCUCGAUCAACUCUCGUUGCCCUUCCUACGUGGCUCUACAGGUAGUAAAGGACGAUCAGCACUCCUCGACGUUUACGCCACGCUCUUCGAAACGCUAGGCUCCUCCUGGAUUAAUGCCAACUACGCCGUCAUCCUCAAGCAUCUCAUCGAUGAUCUUCCCAACCACUACCGCGGUUCGUCCCUCACGCGCGCAGACGUGCUCAAUGUUCGCACGGGCGUCUCGUUGAUCCUGCGCAAACUCAUUGGUGAGCGCAUGCUUGGCGAGCAAGCACAGGUACUCGCUAUCCAGGAAAUCUGCCGCGACUAUCUCAGAAAGUGGCCUGCCCUCAUGCCCGAGCAGCAGCCGCCUUCCAAGACCACUCUCUCACUUGCCCUCGCCGAGAUCUCGGGUCUACUGGUCCAACUCGGAAGCGUGCCUCCACAGGUGCUUGACGCUGCCUACGACCCACUCAUCCGCUGCCUGGCCCAUCCGAGCCAUUCGGUGCAGGUUCAAGCCGCUUGGUGUCUCAAGACUCUGUGCCAAGUAUCUCCGGUCCAUCUCUCGCCUACACUCGCCGCUGUACUGGAACUGCUCAACCGCGAUCUCACCACGCUCGCCAAUCGCGGCGGCUCGGUUGGCAUCUCACAACUCUCGAAACGCGCCAAUGGACAUGCACAAGGUCUCGCCGCCCUCAUCAGCGUAAUCCCACAACGGCCUCUAUACACAUCUUUCGCCAUCAGCUCCAAGGUGCUUUCGCUGGCUAUCCAGCUGCUCAAGAACAGCGGUAACCACGAUCUCAAUGUCUCGUCCAUCGAAAUUUCGGUCGCAUGGACCUUGGUCGGUUCUCUCAUGUCGCUCGGUCCCAACUUUGUUCGCCUCCACCUACCUCAACUGCUCAUCCUCUGGCGCAAUUCGCUGCCUAAACCCACUUCCAAGGACACAGCGCCGGGUCCCUCUUCACGCUCAGAUGCCGAAUGGAGCUUCCUCCUGCUUGUGCGUGAACGUACACUCUCGUCCAUUCUUGCCUUCAUGCUCCACAACGGUUCCAGCCUCAUUACCCUAGACACGGCGCGCAGACUGGUGGCGCUGUUGAGCAACACGCUUGCCUUUGCCGAUGGAUUUGCUGCUCAGAAUCCGCAUCUUUUGCAAGAGUACACACCAGCAGCUGAAAGCGACACCCUCUCGCUGCUCGAUCGAGAAUUUCUCCUACGCCGCCGCCUCUUCCAAUGUCUGACAGUCCUUGCUCACAACCCGGCCAUGGAACCCAUGCAAGCUGGCCUCAUCAAGACUACUAUCCAGGCGUUCGCGGAUCCGGACCGCUACAUCGGCAGUUCCGCUCAAGCCGCCAUCGCCGCGAGCGCAGGCAACUUUACCAGCGUGUGGGAGAUGGCCGAUGGAUACGCCUUUGGCGUCACCAGCCUGCAACGCGAUGCCCAGACCUUUGUUUCGGACCCUGUUGAUGCUCUUCGCGCAUGCAGCCUCAUUGCUCAACCCGAUCUGCUCAACCGCGACCUCGUUGAGACGCAGCUGGAUGCACUUCAGCGUCGCCCCGUGCUGGGCGCCGCUGAGCAUGAUCCGCUUUUCCUUUACUCGACGCCACGCAGUUCGACCUCGCAGCAACCAGGCGUUUCUAGCAACCCUGUCGAACCUCGCGAGUCGGCUGCCUUGUCCCCACCUGCUCCGACCGGCGUUGUCGACGCAGCCAUCCAGCUCUUCACCUCGCUCCUCCCUUACCAGGAGCGAGACAUUCAGGUGGCUGCGAUCGAAGCCAUGCUCGCCCACACCAAGAGCACCAAGCUCGACAAGAAUCCAGGUCGCAAACAGGCCGUCCAGAUCAAUGUCGUCGUCGCCAUCCUUGGCGCUCUCAGGGUCGCAGUGCAGGGCGGAACAGGUGCAAAUGGCAAGCGCCCCAGCGGCUUCAGCAAUGACCGUCUCAGCUCGGCCAUCAAGGAUCUUUUGCAAGAUGCUCUCCUCCAAGCGGAUCCCGCACUGCGCGCCGCCGCUAGUGAGGCCUACGGCAAGCUCGCGGCGGUCGCAGGCUCACAGGCUUUGUCAAGUCAGGUGCAAUUCCUCGUCGACCAGAUCGUCGGUAAUCGCGACCCCGAUGCUCGUGCUGGUUGUGCGCUUGCCUUUGGUUCCGUAUACAAAGAGGUCGGUGGUCUAGCUGCUGGUCCGCUUACCAAGACGAUUGUCAACGUGCUCAUGUCGCUGUCAAACGAUCCGCAUCCGACCGUCCACUACAAUGCCUUGGAAGCGCUUCACGUGGUCAUCGACUCGGCUAGCUUGAGUUACAGUCCCUAUGUUGCUAGCACGCUCGGUAUGCUCGUUAAGCUCUAUAUGCUUGACACGCACGAGCCCGAAGGCGGUAGUGCUGGCUCCGUCAACUUGCGUGCUGACCUGCCAGCGCACCAAGCUGUCUGCCGUGUCGUCAACGCACUCAUAGGCGUGUUGGGCCCUGACCUGCAGGAGUCGACCCGCGUUCGUAGCCUCGUUCAUUGCCUGCUCUCCGAGUUUUCACGCGAAUCGGAUCCCGGCGUCGUUGUGGAGUCGACCAGGGCGCUGCAGCACUUUGGUCUGUUUGCCGCUCAAUUUGUCGAUGUUGCCGCAUGGAUCGAGCAAUUGCGCAAGCAGCUCACCGGCAAGCAGCGUACGCUCAAGCUGGCUGCCAUCAAUGCCUUCUACCAGCUUGUGCAACGCGAGGCACUUGCCAUGAGCCGCAUCGGUGGCGACCAGCUCGUUGAAGAGUUUUUUGCCCAGCUCGACGAGGACCCCCAGCUCGAUGGAGCUCGUGAGGUGAUUCUGAGUUGGCUGCAAAAGACGGCCGAUCUGGCGCCAAGCGGCUGGAUUGAUUUGUGUCAACGCAUCAUGUCUUCGGUGCCUUCUCACUCAAAGGGGAUUGAUGCGGCUGACAAGGGCAAGGACGCGCUUCCGAGCCUUGCGACCAUGUUGCAGGACGAAGAGGCAGCGGCCAUUGAUCUUGGCAACGAGUCCAAUGCGGUCAAGCUCAACGCUACAGGCGGCAGUCGAUGGCGAACGCAGCUGUUUGCUCUCCGUUGCUUGCACCAGGUCUUUGUCACGGUGCGCCAGGCUGGUAAGCUCGAGCAUUUCAGUACGCCUCCUGGGGCAGGUGAAAAGGGACAGGCGCUCCCUCAGCGACGGCUGUUGAUGAGCAACCGCGUCGUCGACCUCAUCCGCAUGGCCUUCACCGCCAGCACCUCGGCUAACGUCGAAAUUCGUCUCGAGGGUCUGGUCGUUCUGCGCGAUGUGAUCGAAUCAUUCAAGCUGGCGCGCGAUCCGGACUUUGAAGAUGCAUUACUGUUGGAACAGCAUCAAGCGCCCAUCGCUGCUGCCCUGACUCCUGCCUUCCUGGCCGACUCGACACCCGAGGUUCUAGCAGCGGCGGUACAGGUAUGUGCAGUCUUUGUGUCCUCAGGUGUGAUCAAGGAGGUCAGUCGCAUGGGUCGAAUCCUCAAACAGCUUGUGUCUGCGUUGGAAAGCUGCAUGCAGCCCAGCAUGACGCAGCUCGGCGACGUCAAGGACCUCUCGCAGAACGCUAACGCCAUGCUCAAGAUUGCCGUCUUCACCGCCUGGGCCGAGCUGCAGACGGCCAGUGCCACGCAGAGUUAUCUGGUGGACGUGGUAAAGCCGCAUGUAACUCGCAUCGUUCCUUACUGGAUUGCAUGCUUGCGUGAAUACGCAAAGAUUCGCUCAGAUCCGGAGAUGGACGCCGGUGGAGCACCCGAUGGUCCUGGUCCCUCGAUCAACCCCAGCCUCGACUCUCAGUAUGCCGGCCUUGCGCGAGAGGUAGUGCUGCCGUACCACGAACGCUCGUGGUAUACCAUUCUGCAAGCGGUAACCGGUCUGUUGCACGACAAUGAUGCACGCGCAUUUGCGGCUUUGGAUGGUGAGACGACACCAGCUACGGCGGGUCCGAAUACCACCGCAAGCAAUGCCCGAAGCGAACCGUGCCUGUUUUUCUUUGUCCUGUAUGGCCUAGCAUUUGAGGCGCUGGCAACACGCUCGUCAGGUAGCGUCGAAUCGCUGCAACAAGGCACGGUGAUGCGCAUCUCUCUGCGGGCCAUGACGUCUCUCAGUAGACCGCAGGUAGCCGGCUCGGCCUUGCUACAAGAUACGCUUUUUUCCGAGUUGUGCAACCUUUGGUACCGCCUGGUGAUGACCGAACCUCCCGCAGUACAAGUGUCGGUGCUCGAGACGAUUGGUGGCAUGGCUGCGUCGUAUGGCAGACUGCUGCUGUCCGCCGACGAUCAGGCCGCUGCGGAAGCCGGAAAGCUGCCCAAUGAGGCCAAGCUUAGCCAGUGCUUGCGUGUGGUUGUCUGUGUGCUGCAAAACGUACGGACCACGCGCGGUUCCGUGGAAGAAAAGACGACCCUGUUGCGGGUUGCCUAUUCUGCCUACAUCGGUAUUGUCGGUUUGUAUGCCAAAGCAUUGCAGGAGGAUUUGUUUGCAGUCGGUUUCUACACAUUUGCCGAGAUGCUCAAGGACGAGACCUCGGAACAGGAUCUGGUCGGUCCAACACUUGGCUCUCUCAAAGACCUGUGCGAACGCUCUGCGAAAUCAAUCAGGCCUGACAGCGACGUUCUGCAGCGCGCGAUUCACGGCUUCCUCUCGCAAGCUUUACAGCACGUCGACGACCUCCGCACGCGAGCUGGCCGUAUCGCACUCAACAAGACCAUCAAUAGUCUGCUAGCAACCGUGGUGGUGCUCACCUCGAUCCCGAUCAACAUCAAAGUAUCGCAGGCGGUGGCAGAGCACGCCUGCUAUUUGAUCGUACAGAAAGUGCUGCAGUUUGAGGAAGAGGUAGAACAGUCGAUGCAGACGUCGCAGCAACUGGCGCCAGGUGUGCAGGAGACCGGCUUGACCGCGGUCAACUGCGCACGAACCAUCGUGCUUGCUUGUUCGCGUGGAAACCCUGCACUGCUGUACUGUGUCGGUCAGCUGUUGCCGGGCUUGAUCGAGUUUGUAUGUCGUGCUGGACCGGUUGUCGCUGGCAGUCAAGCAAAGUCGGAGUCAGGUGCAAUGGUGGCAAUUAGAGGUGCGGUGGAGGACGCGAUCAAGACCUUUGCCGGAUUGAUUUCUGUGCUGCCUAGCGAGGGAGAGUUCCGUGCGAAGGCACUCGCUAUCGUUCUACCCACACUGGUCGUGUUGCUCUCGCCAGCAGCAGUGACGGACUUGCACAUGUUCACAGUGCGACAGCUCAUCACGCUAGCGGGACAGCACGCCGCUGCGUUCAAGGAGGCCACUGCGUCGUUGGAUGCCGAGAGAAAGGCGUUGUUGGAAAACGCGAUUCGUGCUCAACUAGAAGCAGGGUCCCGUGGAGGCGCCAUUGCAGUGGCGACGAAUAAGCAAUCGACGCCCAGCUCGAUUGUACUCAAAUCUUUUGGCGCCUAG